AUGAUCAAUGAAGAUAAUGCCAAUAAUUACCUGAAUAAGUACUCCCAAGAGGGUGGUACAUGCCAGGCCGAAGGUACAAUUGCUGUAGGUCAAUUUCAGGAUAACAAUGCGGAAAGGAUUGUAUCAGAUGCGAAUAAUGCACCAGAAGAGAUUAUAACUCGGAAACCAAUUCUGGAGCAAGAUAGGUUCCUCCCCAUUGCAAAUAUAUCCCGGCUAAUGAAAAAUGUGAUCCCUCGUUCCGGAAAAGUUGCCAAGGAUGCGAAAGAAUGCGUUCAAGAAUGUGUUUCUGAAUUUAUUUCUUUUAUUACAUCAGAAGCUUGCGAUCGCUGUCUUAAUGAGAAAAGGAAAACGAUAACAGGUGAAGACAUUAUUGGAGCAUUUGCUACUCUUGGUUUUGAUAACUAUAUUGAACCGUUGAACGCAUACGUGAGGAAAUUUCGGGAAGCUUUUCGCAGCGAUCGUAACACUGAAACACUUCUUGUUGAACCUUCUGGAUCUCAACCUUCCUUUGUGCAGAAAAUGAAUGCCGGUGAGUCGAGUGAAUCCGCCACUUCUUCUGGUGUUUUUACUAUCCAGAGUGAACCGAUACCAUCUUCAAAUGCAUGCGCUCCUCAAAUUAUUUUUGCCGGUGAAGAAGACCCGGACAGUGCAAUACGAGUGAUGAGCACAGGGAACGUGCAGCAUUUGCAGCUUCUGAUGGAUCCUGCUACUGGCCAACAUUACAUUAACGUGCAAAACCCUAAUGGUACACAACAACUUCUACCUGUUCAGGUAACAGCAGUUGCUGACUCUUCUGCCUUACCGUUGACCUUAGCUUGUCCGGAUGUGCAGAAUUUACCAGAUGAUAAGACUGCUCACAAAGAAAUGCCCAAUUUCUCGACAAAAACUGAGUACCGGUCAUCACUAGCGAAAUCUGAAAAUAUAGCUUCUAUAUCAUAUAAGGAGUUAAAUGCCAAACUGUUUUUCAAGAUAACAUGUAAAUUAUUAACAUACCCAGUUCAUCCUGGUGGUUCAUUAUGCCAUCUUUCUAUAACGGUAUCGCAAGUUACACGACAUGCUGGAGAGCAGUCUAGGAGUGGUGCUAUUUAUGGCCUGAAGCAUAAUUCUUCUGGACUUUCGACAGCAAAUCGACACAAGCAGCAGGUGCCUUAUGUUGGUAAUGUGGGAUCAUUUGGACAUCAUCACAGUAAUAGCGGUACUUCUGGUGAUGAUACUCGGGAGCCACCAAGGAAGCGAUCUCAUGAGAGUAUUGAUUAUAUUAGUUUUGAGUGA